AUGGAAGCCGUCAAGCGAUUCUUCUCUUCCCCGCGCUUCGCCGUGGCGGGCGCCAGCAACGACACCAACAAGUUCGGAUACAAAAUCCUCGCUUGGUAUCACCAGCACUCGCUGCCCGUGACACCGCUUAACCCAAGGGCAGCGCAGAUCUCGCUCCCCUCGCGUACCUACGAUACGGCUCCCUCGCCGUCGGCUCUACCCUCACCCAAGCAGACUUCGCUGUCGGUGGUGACCCCACCACCAGUGACCCUCACGCUGCUGCAGGAGGCACAUUCAGUGGGCAUCCCUGCCGUCUGGUUGCAACCGGGCACCUUCGAUGACGGAGUGUUGGAGUAUGCGCGGGGACACUUCCAGGCGGUGAUCGCGGGCGACGGCGGAAUGGGCGGCGAGGGAUGGUGCGUGCUGGUGGAUGGCGAUGAUGGAUUGGAGGCCGCCGGAGUCAAGUGGACCAGCCAGCGCUUGUAA